CAGGAAAACACAUUGGAUGAAAUGAGAUAUGGAUAAAAUAACAAUACAUUUCUUUCUUCGCUCUUGAUAUUAACCAGUAACUCCUUUUUUUUUGAUGGAAAGUAAAUCGCAUCUAACAGCAGAGGCUUCAACACUCAAAGCAAUGCUGCUUUUCCUCUAAUCAGGGAGUUAUUUGCAGCUGGGACGCCAAGUGAAUGCAAUCAACUGGCAGAUAUGGCCACGGGCUGCAGCUUCCUGUCUGAGGAUCAGUUCCUGUGCGCCAUCUGUCUGGAAGUUUUCACUGAGCCUGUUUCUAUUCCAUGUGGACACAACUUCUGCAAGGCCUGUAUCAACAGGCACUGGGAGGACAAAGAGCAGUGUCAGUGUCCCCUGUGCAACGAGAGGUUCAACAAAGGGUUCAAACUUCGGGUCAACACGGGAUUCCGGGAGGUCGUGGAGAAUUUUAAGGAACAUCAUGCCAAAGCUGACAAUAAUUCCCUGGCCAAACCAGGACAGGUGCCAUGUGACUGCUGCCUCGCCAACAAGUUCAAAGCCUCUAAAACCUGUUUGGUGUGCUUGACGUCUUAUUGUGAGACACACUUAGAGCCUCAUCUGAGAGUUGCGGCCUUAAAAAGACACAAACUAACAGAUCCUGUUUAUAACUUGGAGGACCAAAUAUGCAAGAAACACAACAGGAUGUUUGAGCUCUUCUGCAGGAAUGACCAGACAUGUGUUUGUGUCCUGUGUACAGAACAUAGCUCCCAUGACACGGUACGUUUAGAGGAAGCCUUUGUAGACAAGAGGGCUCAGAUGGGGAAGAAAAAGGCAGAAGUACAGGAGAGUAAACGUAGGCGUGGAAAGAAAGGUCAGAAGACAAAAGAGGCAGUGCAGACCAAGAGGAAAGGCAUAGAGAAAGCGAUGUCAAACUGUGUGGUGCCGAAUCAAAUGCAAGCUCCUCUCAUUUGGUGGAUUCCAAACCAAUUCGAUAGUAGCGCUGUUCCUGGAAACAGGGACGUUUCUGAAGGGAGAUUCUACCAUGAGGUUCAGGCUGAAGGGUUCACCAGCUGGAAUUUAGGAGUAGUCAGAGAGCCGAUGCAUGGGAUAAGGAGAUUCAUACCUAACUCGAGGAAUGGAAACUGGGUCAUAAGGUUAGGAACUGACGCCAACUGCAAGGCUCGAAGCAACAUCCCCGUCCAUUUCUUCUGGAUAAAGGAACCUAAGAGAGUCACAGUGUUGGUAGAUUUUGACGACGGAUUGGUGCUCUUCUAUGACGCCGACACCGGAAUCCUGGCCCACACUUUUAUCUGCUGCAAUUUCAUUGAUAUGGUUUACCUAUUCUACUGCCCCAGUCCGGACAGCUGGGCACACAGGCUGCAAAAGAAGGUUCAGAAGAUAAAAGCUCAAAUUCCAGAUACCGUAGUCAUCUUUUGUUGUAUUAUCUUUUACUUUGUAUUAGUUAGUUUUAUGUCAAUUGUAUAAACAAAAUACUUUUUCUAAAUCAUGAAAUUAAAUAAAAACUAUUCUCCUUCUCCCUCCAGUCACAAACUGUCUCUUAAUCAACUAAAUAAUAAAUGUUCAUAUACAGUAAGUCUGUAAAUCACAAUUCAAGUUGUAAAAGUUGUAAUCAUGACUUUGUAUGCUUGUUUUUUAAUUUUGUGUUGAAUUAUCAAUAAAUGAGUUUACAUAAAGUUUACAUCUAAGAGAUGUUGGUAAAGAGGUACCAUCUAAGAGAUAGAGGUAAAGUCCUUUCUGAAAUGAAUAGAUUUCACAUUCACGAUGGUGACAGAGGCUUUAUUCAAAUACACCACUAGAGGGAGCAAUCCACUUACCCUUCAUACAAACAGCAGCCCGCAUUGCCCAUUCCAUUAAGAUAGAGAUGGCAAAAUGCGUCUUUAUUGUACACGUCUUAAUGCUUGUAAAUUAGUUAGACAACAACCAAAAGUUGGGAAACUGCACUUCAGUGGUGAGUCUAUCACAGUGGUGAACACUGGUGCAUUAAUGAUUCAUGACAGCAUGAAGUCCAUGGGCAGGUUAUCGGUUUACUUUUAAUAUUCAUUAUUAGCCCCAGUGUCUUUUCAAAAACUACCACUUGUAGUUCUGCAGUAGGGAUCCCACAACAAAACCUUGUGUAUUUAAUUAGACUAUUGGUCACAUGGGGAAAAUCAAGGGAUUACACUGCAAGAAUUGAAGAGAUGACUUGCAUUACAUUACAAUUUUUCUUCUCAAGUUCAGGAAUUUCUCCUCUUUGACAGAAAAGGUUUAUCAGUCAAACACUUUUAAACAUCAGAUUUCGGAAUGCCUUCACAGAGCAGCAACAGACUUUGUUGGAAAGAGCAGAGUAAAAAAAAAAUCAAACUGCCGGCAAACACAGCCAGGCUGUCAAGUCUGUCAUUCAUUGACAUGCAAACAGUCAGCAGCACUGAAUCAAGACUUACGCAGAGACGGCUGAAUGAUACGUCUUGUCUCUGUCUGCCAACGAAUGAGAGGAGAAUGGAUCGCAGUCAGCAUCCAUACCAGACCAAUCUCUCACACAGAUGAUAUUUUACUCACACGGUACAGCAAGGCCGAGGGAAGAUCUGAGCAGCAUUGGAAUGUGAACAAGCUAAAAGGAAUUUAAGGGUUUUUAUUAAAAAUCAAGAUGUUACUGAAAUCAGCUGGUCAAAUGUAUUCUGUGUUUAUCUUUUGUUGCAAAGUUAUUGCUUGAACACAGAAUGUGAUACAGUCUGUGUCCGUGUUGUUGUUUGUGUAACCUGAUGGGAAAUGGUUUUGAGUUUCAAGGAUGACAGACAGACAUUGCCAUCCCAUGAGCCAUGCUACAGCGAAUGGUCCAUCUUCUUAUGUUUUCAUUGUUUAGCUUGCUCUUUACUCUUAACAUACUGUAUGUAAAGAGAAUGCAACACUAGGAUACACUCAAAAUCCUCGAUCCACAAACAUAACCAAUAUGUAACAUUACCACACACAGCUGGUCAGCAGACACCAUAACAUAGCUGCAACCAGAUGUGUCGACCACAGUGUCAGUCCACCUUCUGAUUCAGCUACUGGUGAGCUAAAGUUUCCAAUGACGAGCUAUUUUAGGAAGCAACAGCGGAUAACAGGGUUUUCCACUGUGACCCUGCAGGUGGGGUUCAGGGAGAAAGGUCAAAGGCUCGGGGGGUUCGGUAACUUCUGGGUCCCAUGUGAAACCAUGAACAUCCUGCACUGUUAAAAGGGAAUCCAGGCGAAGAGGUUUACCCCAAAUGCAGAUGUGUGAACACUUUCAUGAGACAAGGGAUUAUGGUGCAUAUAAGUGAGAAGAGAAAUCAGUGUUUGAUUCUUAUGUGGUUAAAUAUAUUUGAUGAUCUUUUAUAUUGUUUUGCUUUUAUUCAAGGAUUUAUGGUUCAUUUAUUGUCAUUAUGUAACACAGGUUUGCACAACAACAUUCAGUUGUAACACCCUUUGCUACAUCAGAAAAACACAACAAAAACAAAAACAGUAGUGCAUUCCUGUAGGAAUUGUUUUAAUUUGCAUCAGUAUUGAUCAAUGUGGAGCAGCCAUGUUGUUAUAUUAGGUAACAUUUGCCAUACAUUUGACUGACCUAAAACCUACAUGACACAUCCAUGAUACCACAUAUAACAUCACGGUUUGAUGUAGGGCAAUUAUCAGCCUCAAUCAAACAACAUGAGAAGCCAGAUGUGGGAGAAAUCACAUGUUUUACGUUUUAACAUUAAGUCAUUAAGACUACUCAUUUGUUCUUUAGUUUUAGGUCCUAUCUAUUCAUGAUGUGUAUAUUCCUGUUUCCUCUAUUAUCCUCAGUUUAAAUUUUUAGGCAAUUCCUGCUUGAUUCUUUUUCAUCUAACUAAUUCAGCCUAAAGCUACGUCCCUAAAGUCAUCAUCUCAUUUAUCAUCCCAAUGAUUGUACCUGAGAAAAGAUUGAUUUUAGUGUGGAAUGUAGAGAUGUGAAUAAAGAGAUUACAACUUUGAUACAAAAAAAUACACAUUUAUUUUCAAAUGUUGAGUUUUACAGUAUUAUUGAGACAGAUACAGCAACAAGCAGUGUGAAGUAUAAUUCAAGUAGUAAGAAAAACAAUACCAUACCAAUAUAUACAAUUCAUGUUUACAUUGUUACCGACUAAAGCUGUGUAUUUGAUACACACUCGGUCGAACAAGCUAUACUGCAAGUAUUUACAAAACUUUUGUCAUGUGCACUACUUUUAACAAAAACAAAAACCUAAAAAAACAUACAAUUUCAUUUAUUGAAGGGAACAUCGACAUUAUACAACAGGGGUCAGAUUUCGUGCAGAUGUUAGAAAUGACACUAGGUAACUACAGCGACCUCUCUUUGGACCAGGUCAGAGCACACAGUCCAAUUAUUUAAAAAAUGCAUCCCAUAGUUGAAAGAUUUCCGUGGCAGUGCCACUAAAAGGUAACAGCUCACCCUGAGGUCCUUUAAUUCCUUCUUUGUAUUUUAUCAAUGUGAAAGUAAAAGGAUUUCAGUAUUAUUAUUUUCUGAUAUAUAGAUUUAGGUGUCAAAGUGUCACAGUACAGCAGGUCUUUUAUUCUGAAAGAGGAGCUACUUUCUCCUUUGCCGAGUGUUUUUCUUCAUGAUUUAGGCUGAACAAAACACACUGUGGUUUCAUGCUCUUUGUCUAAAAAACUAUACGUUUUUCCUGAUCAGCCAACCCGACUGUCAAUCAAACUAUCUGGUUGGAAGCAACCAUGACACUCCUGUAUUUCCCCACUAACCUGUAACGUUACACCUUCAUGUUUGACCUCUUAAGAAGAGACAAUGUAAGAGCACCUACAGACAUCCGUCCAACUGAAGUCUGUUGUGAAUGGUUGGAAGUAUACUCCUCCUGAUAUAUCACAAGGUUUAAGUGCUUUGAUUCUACUAAACAGUAGAAGAUGACACUUAUUUGUCCACAGGAUUUUAUGAAUACAAGUAUGAUUCUGACCAUAAUAAGCAGAUCUAAUCGUAUUUUCACUGUUGAUAUAUCACAGACUUGUUUUAAUCUAACGUUUAGAGUUAAUGCAACUCAUGUUUUAAAGUGAAUAAAAAGCUAUUCUAGGACCUAUAACCGCUGUAUCCCAUCUCCGAUGGCUGCCACACAGCGUUGUUUUGGGGACAGUGGCUGUGACAGGCACAGGUCAGGAUCACCAUGACGGGUCUCCUGGUUGUUUUACCUUUGGCACACUGGAACUCCACCAGGGCGGUCUUGGUUCUGUGGGGGGUACAGCAGCGGCCGUCCGUGCAGGAGCCACAGUAGCGAGGCUUGUAGGCCUGGACGCUGGUGCAGUUCUUGUAGGAGAGGUGGACGGCUGCGUCGCUCCUCACCAUCCUCUGACACUUACUGCCUCUCUGCAGGGAGAAAAAGAGCCAUUCACUGAAUGCAUGUGCACUGUAUCCCUCUCGAAAAUAAUGUGAUUUCUUAUGUAUUCUCAUGCUACUGGGUUUACUGUAGAGUAGAAACUCCUACAUAAAGGACAUGGCAUCCAAAAAGUACCUUCUGUGCAAGUUGUGUCAGCUGCGUCUGGUCCUGCUGGUUGUCACAGGGUCUGAUCAUACACAGUCGGCUCUGCUUCACCAUCUCACACCGUCGGUUCUUAUUGCUGACCCUGGUGGACACUCCCAUGCCGCAGGUUUGAGAGCAGGCGCCCCACUCCGUGGUCUGCUCGAUGCAGUUAAGGCUGGGGUCCCAACCGUCGAAGCUCACCGUUUCCUCCUGACGAUAGGCUGAGGGAACACACAGGCGGACAGUGGGUUAGAGAAAGAAGUCACCAUUUUCAUCUGGUACAAAAAGUAGACUAAGGUGUAUACUUGAAACUUGAAAGCAACCAAUCCAAGAAUGUAGAAAACUUUUAGAGAACACGAUGCUUGAUUGGAUUCAACUGACUGCAGUGAUGUAUCACAUUGCUGUUUCAGAUUGGUGUCAUAACACUGUUUCUUUCCUCUGUGUUUCCUCCUCUCAGCCUUCCUCAGCUCCCACUCUAUUUUCGUCUUCCCUUCCUUCCUCUCUUGGUUGCUGCUCCCUAACACUGAUCAGGUCAGAGACAUGUACAUAACCUUUAAACUCUGUCUCACACUGCAGUGGCACUGACGUCAAAGAGGAAUGGUUGAUUGUAUGUGUCUAUCUGUAUGGUCCAUCUCGUCCCAUCACACCCUACUUCCAGUCCACUCACCCGCCAUGGCAAAGCCACCCAGUGCACUGGCCUCAACCUGGGGCUCAC